CCUUGCCUGGUUCAGGUCGAUUACAAGGGCUACCCCGACCAAAACUCGGGCUAGGGUUUUCAAUCGCGUCAGAGGUCAAGAAGGUCAAGAGUCCAUCCCGCACGUUUAUUCAUCUUGUCUCUCGACUCAUACUCGAAGGUGGUUGAACUUCUCCUUCCUCAAUACCCGCACGCUGAAUAUCACUGAGUCAUCUGACUGAAUGUCAACGUUCGGUCGUGAGUGUUCAGGGCUCUGGCAAACGUUCUCGCAUUUGGAGUAAAUUUCCAUACCCUCUGUCAGGUCGACGUCAUUCCUCCGCACCCACCGCCUGUUGUUGCACGGACCCAUGGAGAGGCGUGUAAAGGUAUGGACGACUGGCUCGCUUGCAGGCCUUUUCACCAUCGCGAGUACCGUUUGGAACGUCGUCUUCGCCUCGAGCAUCCACGAUGUACGAGUCCUGGCGGCCCUACGAGUUCUUCUCUUCGUCGCUUCCGCCCUCAGCCUGAUCGAUGUGGCGGCUAUUGUAUACUUCUCGACCCUGCACGUCAAGAGCCUGAACAGCUAUUCGCUGGGCGGGAAGAAAAGAGCAUGGGGGAUUUUCACAUCGGGAACAUUUGCGGCGGCAAUCAGCAUAUGUGUCGCUGGUGUGACGUUGGUGUGGUUGGUUAUCAAACGUAGCCAACUCCCCACCACGGUGCUGAGUACAGCGCCCACGGUGCUACUCGGGGUGUGGUUUGCAUCAUGGGGUGCUUCUGCUGCGUCGCAGAUAGUUCUGUAUUGCCUCUUAGGUGUAUGGACGAAGGAGGUCUUGAAGACGCAGAGGGCCAGCAGACUAGACCUCGACUUCGGUAUCAGAGUACCAUCGAUUAUCAUGGUCGGCAGACCAAGUACUCAGCAUACGAACCGGUCUUUCGGUUCUCAGGAUGCCACCCUCCGCUCUCCACCAAGGACUCCUGUCUCCCGGGGAGGCUCGAUUACACGAUCGUCGUCAACCAGAGUUGGUCCAGGCUCGUCAAGAACGAAACUCAUCCCACAUUCAAAUCGCUCGUCGUUCGAGCCGGUGCCCUUCCCCGUCGGAGAAGCAAUCACGGUCGACAGUGCAUUCGACAACUGGGACACAUCAUCUGUCCAUCACGAGAUGCGUGCUGUCCUAGGUUCAUCUCCCCCCGUCACUCGAUCAGGCUUGGAGACGAUACCAGGAAGUCGACCAGAGUCCCCAGCAGAUGCGUUUGAUGGCCCCUUUCCCCCACAGUCUCCUAUCUCUAGCUCGCCGCCUCAUGCGGCAACCUCAGACUCGGCCACUGUAGUGGGUUGGAGUUCAUCACCACGACAGCUACCAUCUUCACCACCUUCCAGUCCACCCAAUUUCUCUCGACCUACUUCUUCCGGGCGUGAUAAACCCCCGCCACCGAAAUUCGAACCAUUCGACACUUCUAUGCAUGAAUUAAUACAUCCGCUAUUCCGCCCAAACAGUCCUCACCCUCCUCCUAUUGCCAGAGCGGGAACGAUGGUGACUGCCUCACCACUGGCAGAUCACCUAAUCACUCCACGGACAUUGGCUCGACUGCGCAGCAACACAGAGCCGUCAAGAGGUCACUGGAAAGCAAUGCCGAGCAUCGAUCAAUCCGAGACGCAAAGCGUGGGCACUUCGGUCCCCGGCAGUCCGACGCUCGGCAGUCCUGGGCCAUCGAUUGUGGACGAGGCUGAAUUGCCUCCCAUCUUGCCUGGAUUUGUGCUCUCAGCAGGAUCGCGGAGCAGCUUAGUAGGUUAUGGGAAACGAAAAAGUGUCAAGAAGGAACGACGCAAGUCACAAUUAUCAAUUGGAAGUCGCUUGAGUCAACUCAUGGGAUGAGACCGGGGUUUAAGUAGUAUUUCUGUCGCGGCUACUGGUACCGUGUUUAUUGUAUUGUUUAUGUGUUUUGCAUAGGGUGGUAAUGCUCUACAUUUAGCAAGGAGUUGGCGGCACUUUGCGGAGGGUUAUGCUGCGAAGAGCGAGUCAGCCGGGAUACCACAGGCAAAAGAUCAG